AAAAUAUAUACGUAUAAAAAAUAACUGAUAUAUAUGAUGCAGAUACUCUCAUUGUUUUGUUGGUCUUCUACGAUCUUUAACAAUGAAUGGAUGGGACAAUAUCACUCCUUCCGGACCACGGUCGAGGAUGAUGCAGCGGUCGGCUUUCUACUCCUCCUUGCCGCCUUUGAGCCUUUCUCCGUUGUCAUUACGUAAUCAUCCACUAAGAUCGCUGAGCCUUUCUCCAACGUUGUUACGCGGUUCUUCGUCAUCGGCUGAUGUGGAGGAUAUAGACUCCUCCAUUAGGCUCAACGAAAACCCUACAUCGCCUCCUUCGAUUAUGAGACACUACAGGAGUGUUUCGGUGGAUAGUUGUUUCAAUGAAUUCCUGGAGCUGCCUCUUUCUCCUACCAGUUCGUUUGAUGGAGCCUGCACGAAUACUUUGGACCUCGAGUUUGGUAAAGAUGAGGGCAGACCUGAUCCUAAGGAAGUCAGACGAAUCUUGGCAAACAGAGAGGCAGCUGCAAGUUCAAAGAAGAGGAAGUCACAGUACCGUAUUGACUUGGAAUGCAGAAUAAAGUAUCUUGAAAAGGCGAUCAUGUUGAUGCAAAAAAAAGAGAAGCUUUUGGAGAAAGAUAAACAAAUGUUGGUUGAUGAAAAGGAGGAAAUCAGGAUUCGACUUGAAUCGCUGAAGCAACAGACAAAACUCCAUCCUGCGUUGAACGAACAAGUGAGUGUGGAAGCACAACGGCUGAAGGAAGUAUUAGCAUCGAACGAACAAUUGAUGAUAGAAGUGCAGCGGCUAAAGAUGGUAAUAGGUGAAGUGAUGCAUAACGACAGCCAAUCUGAUGGAUUAAACAUGUAUCAAAAUGACCCAAACAUGUUCCAGCAACUCAUCAUCAAUGAUUCCAACCAACCACAGACAAGCAGCCCUGAUUUUUAUGGACAAAACUAA